CAGAGGGUUUUGGAGCAGAGAAAGCCUCCAUUUUUUCCUCCUCCAUCUCUUCGCUUUCCUCGCGCGUGUUAGCGGCCGCCCGCGUCCGCGAGCUCGGGUCUGGUCUGGCCGGAUGGCUCGCGCGGCCAUCGUCGCCGUGCUCGCCGUCGCCGUCCUCCUGGCCUGCUUGCCGCCCGCCGCCGCCUCCUCUUACCGGGCAGCAGCGGCAUUGCGGCGGCUCGAGACGGCGGCGCCCAUGGACACGGCGCAGGGCAUGCGGGAGAAGGCGGACGUGGCCAAGGUUGCGGCGGAGGACGUGAGCACAACGGGGUUCGGCGCGGAGUCCGAGAGGGAGGUGCCGACGGGACCAGACCCCAUCCACCACCACGGCCGGGGGCCAAGGAGGCAGUCGCCGUGAUCGCGCGCGCGGCGGCGGAGGAGGAGGAGGAUCCUCGCGUCCUGGGAGUUGUGAUCUUGAUCGGUCGUCAGGCGUGGACCGGAUUCCACGACGAUUGUGUUCUUUCUUUCUUGUUCAAUUGAAUCUGUGAUGCCCUUUUGGUUCCUAAUUCCAUCGUUGUAGUAGGGGGAGACAGCAUCAGACAUUACCUAUCAUCCAAACUUUGUUUCUGCAUACCAAAUUAGGGAAAGAGAAUAUAAUUCAUAAUAAGUGUGUACACCAUGUAUGAAUUGUUCUUCUUUCCCUUAUAAUAUUGUCAGUUUGUUUUGUUGCUGGUUCAUUCUUUGACAUUCUGUUUGGGAUCUCUGGUUGUUUUGA